AUGUCUACAUCAGAAGAAGAUUCCCCUAAAUUUAUGGAUGCCUUAAAGACUAUAAAACUUGAAGACUUUAAAGAGGUAAACAAAAUCCCCUGUGCUCGUAACGCUUUAUUGUAUGGUAUUGUGGCCGGUGUGACUAUGGGUGCAAUUCGUUUUGCUUUAAAACGAAAAGUCCCUACUUCUGCUAAUUGGGCAGUAGGUACCUUUUGUGGUGUCUCAGCCGUUUCCUUUGAAGGAUGUCAGAUGGAAAGACAGCAAAAAUUAGAAAAAUUAAAACUUAUAGUAAAAGCUACCAAUUCUAAAGGAGAGGAUACUAAAAAAUUAAUUGUAACAGAGAAGGGUAAAAAUGGUGCCUUUGGUGUAGUUAUUGAAACGCCAACUGAUAACAAAAGCCAGUAA